UCAGAGUGGACACCUUAGAAUUCAUCAACGGAGUCACACAGGUGAGAAACCAUUUAAAUGUAUGGAAUGUGGAAAGUACUUCAGUCAGAGUGCACACCUUAAAAGUCAUCAACGGACUCACACGGGGGAGAAACCAUUUAAAUGUAUGGAGUGUGGAAAGUACUUCAGUCAGAGUGGAAACCUUAGAAGACAUAAACAGACUCACACACAUGAGAAACCAUUUAAAUGUAUGGAGUGUGGAAAGGGCUUCAGUACUAGUGGAACACUGAGACUACAUCAACGGACUCACACAGGGGAGAAACCAUUUAAAUGUAUGGAGUGUGGAAAGAGCUUCAGUCAGAGUGGACACCUUAGAACACAUCAACGGACUCACACUGGUGAGAAACGAUUGAAAUGUAUUGAGUGUGGAAAGAGAUUCACUAAUAGUGGAGCCCUUAGAAUUCAUCAACGGACUCACACAGGGGAGAAACCAUUUAAAUGUAUGGAGUGUGGAAAGAGCUUCACUUAUAGUGGAGACCUUAGAAUUCAUCAACGGACUCACACAGGGGAGAAACCAUUUAAAUGUAUGGAGUGUGGAAAGAGCUUCAGUCAGAGUGGACACCUUAGAAUUCAUCAACGGAGUCACACAGGUGAGAAACCAUUCAAAUGUAUGGAGUGUGGAAAGAGAUUCACUAAUAGUGGAGCCCUUAGAAUUCAUCAACGGACUCACAAAGGGGAGAAACCAUUUAAAUGCAUGGAGUGUGGAAAUUGCUUCACUAGGAGUAGAAAUCUUAGAAUUCAUCAACGGAUUCACACAGGAGAGAAACUAUUUAAAUGUAUGGAGUGUGGAAAGAGAUUCACUAAUAGUGGAACACUAAGACUACAUCAACGUAAUCACACAGGGGAGAAACCAUUUAAAUGUAUGGAGUGUGGAAAGAGCUUCAGUCAGAGUGGACACCUUAGAAUUCAUCAACGGACUCACACAGGUGAAAAACCAUUUAAAUGUAUGGAGUGUGGAAAGAGCUACAGUCAGAGUGGACACCUUAGAAUUCAUCAACGGACUCACACAGGUGAAAAACCAUUUAAAUGUAUGGAGUGUGGAAAGAGCUACAGUCAGAGUGGACACCUUAGAAUUCAUCAACGGACUCACACAGGUGAAAAAUCAUUUAAAUGUAUGGAGUGUGAAAAGAGCUUCAGUCAGAGUGGACACCUUAGAAUUCAUCAACGGACUCACACAGGUGAAAAACCAUUUAAAUGUAUGGAGUGUGGAAAGAGCUUCACUUAUAGUGGAGACCUUAGAAUUCAUCAACGCACUCACACAGGUGAGAAACCAUUUAAAUGUAUGGAGUGUGGAAAGAGCUUCACUGAUAGUGGAGCCCUUAGAAAACAUCAAUGGACUCACACAGGUGAGAAACCAUUUAAAUGUAUGGAGUGUGGAAAGAGCUUCACUUAUAGUGGAGACCUUAGAAUUCAUCAACGCACUCACACAGGAGAGAAACCAUUUAAAUGUACUGAGUGUGGAAAGAGCUUCAUUCACAGUGGAACACUUAGAAUUCAUCAACGGACUCACACAGGUGAGAAACCAUUUAAAUGUAUGGAGUGUGGAAAAAGCUUCAAUGAGAAUGGAAAACUUAGAAUUCAUCAACGGAUUCACACAGGUGAGAAACCAUUUAAAUGUAUGGAGUGUGGAAAGAGCUUCAAUGAGAGUGGAAAACUUAGAAUUCAUCAACGGACUCACACAGGUGAGAAACCAUUUAAAUGUAUGGAGUGUGGAAAGUGCUUCAGUCAGAGUGGAGACCUUAGAAACCAUCAACGGAUUCACACAGGAGAGAAACCAUUUAAAUGUAUGGAGUGUGGAAAGUGCUUCAGUCGGAGUGGAGACCUUAGAAACCAUCAACGGACUCACAUGGGGGAGAAACCAUUUAAAUGUAUGGAGUGUGGAAAGUGCUUCAGUCAGAGUGGAGACCUUAGAAACCAUCAAUGGAUUCACACAGGAGAGAAACCAUUUAAAUGUAUGGAGUGUGGAAAGGGCUUCAGUCAGAGUGGACACCUUAGAAUUCAUGAACGGACUCACACAGGUGAGAAACCAUUCAAAUGUAUGGAGUGUGGAAAGGGCUUCAGUCAGAGUGGACACCUUAGAAUUCAUCAACGGACUCACACAGGUGAGAAAGCAUUUAAAUGUAUGGAGUGUGGGAAGAGCUUCAGUCAAAGUGGAAACCUUAGAAUUCAUCAACGGACUCACACAGGGGAGAAAGCAUUUAAAUGUAUGGAGUGUGGGAAGAGCUUCAUUCAGAGUGGAGACCUUAGAAUUCAUCAACGGACUCACACAGGGGAGAAACCAUUUAAAUGUAUGGAGUGUGGGAAGAGCUUCAUUCAGAGUGUUCACCUUAGAAUUCAUCAACGGACUCACACAGGUGAGAAACCAUUUAAAUGUAUGGAAUGUGGAAAGAGUUUCAGUCACAGUGGAAACUUGAACGCACAUCAUCAAACUCACACAGGGGAGAAACCAUUUAAAUGCAUGGAGUGUGGAUGCAGCUUCAAUACAAGCAGAGUUCUUACAAAACAUCAACAAACUCAUACAGGCGAGAAACCAUAUAAGUGCUAGGGAAGUGGAUAGAGGCUUAGUUGUAUUGGAAGUCUUACAAAUCAUCAAAAGACUCGGAGUGUUAACAGCUCUAAGAGUGGAUACUCUACAAUUCAUCAAGUAACUCAAAGAAGAGAAACCGUUUAAAUAGAGGGAAUGUGGAAUCUACUUUAGUCAUUAUCAAAUAUUUUUUCCAAAACAUAUGCCGACUUCCACUGGGUGGAACCAUUUAGAGUGCAGAACAUGUUUCUCUCUGAGUUGACAGGAAAUCUAUCUGAAAUGCAUGCAGCCGAUGUGAGCCUUUGUUGUUUGUAUGUAACAUUUGUCUUGAAAUGUAUUUAAAGUAACGAAGGUAACAUUUCAUAAUAGUAAGCAUAAUAUAAUAUUUAGUGUACUGUUAGAUAGGGAGGGGGAGUGUUUGAAUCUGGAGUGUUGCUUCUGAAUGAGGAUGGACUGAGAGUGAGCUGGUUUUGGUGUUUGGUGGCAGGUGUUGGGAAUGUUUGUAUCUGGGGAUGGAGAGUUGCACAAAGUGGAGCUGAGACUGGGGGUGCUGUGAGGAGUUGAAAAGGUUACACACAGCUCAAGCUGCGCCGGCCCACAGGAACUGACGUUUUAUGUUUUUGCUAUGUAUAUGGAACUUCUGUAAUUCUCAGCCCGAGUGUGUGAGUUCCUUUGUCGCUUGUAACGGAGAUGGUCAUGUAUGCCAAAUCUCCAGGAAUUUAAUGCUUCGCUGUAAUAAAUCUGCUUUGCUGAUAGAGAAGGAGUCAGUUUAAGUUUGUUACAGACUGCUGUUUUUACAUGGACGGUAUUGCAGGAGGUGUGCUUCAAGAAGCUGCGUUUGCUUUCUUUCAACUCUGCUGUUAAAAGUGAAAGUACUUUACGAACUGCGCAAUCGGAAGCCUACCGGGCACCAUUUCGGUAAUUUAUGGCUUCAGAACGUGGGGGGUUUUAUUGCU